AUGCCCAAGGUCGUCGCUCACACGCCGCGCUGGCUGCAGCGGCCGAGCCGCGGCCACGAGCUGUUUGCGCCCAGAGCUUCCCCCAGCCGAGCGCUGGCUCAGAAAGAGAAGGUCCCCGGGAUCCGCAAGACCAUUGCUGCACGAAACUCGGAGGUGUUUGUCGCCGUAGGCAACGAGAUACGGUGGGCCGACCUCGAGGGCCUGAAGGAGCACGAGCACCCCGUCUACCGCGUGCUCAAGAUCUCCAUACCGCUGGCCAUCGAGCGCCUCGACCUGUCUCCCCAAGGCGACUACCUCGCCGUGUCCACAUCGCACACGGUCCACGUCGUCCAUCUCCCCGAACCCUCGCUCUUGGCCGCCGCCGCCGACGAUGCGCCCAUCAAACCAAAGACCUUCCAGGUUGGCCCGACCGCCCACGUGCUCGAGGAAUCGCCCAUCGCGUCGGUGCUCUGGCAUCCGCUCGGCUACCACGGCCGCUGCCUCGUCACAAUAACACAGGCAGGGGUCGUCCGGCUGUGGGAGAUCAACCGCGCCGACCGGUCGAGCUUCUGCGAGACGACGCUGUCCAUCGACCUGCAGAAGCUCGCCAACGCAAAGAGCGACCAGGAAAAUCUGAGCGCGUCGCAGUACGGCGCUACCAAGGGGUUUUCUCCCGAUGCGGCGGAUCUUGAGGUGGCUUCCGCCUGCUUCGGAGACUCGCCCGACCAGCAGGGCGUCCACGGGUGGGCGCCCAUGACCCUGUGGAUCGCCACUGUUUCCGGCCAUGUCUACGCGCUGUGUCCUCUGCUGCCCUCAAAGUGGCAGCUCGUGAACUCGGCUGGUGCAGACACGUUCAAGCAGACGCUCAUUACCACCAUUAACAUCAACCACGCCAAUGUCACCGAAGACGAUUCCUCUCCCAUCCAAGACAUGUCUCUUGCGGACAAGCAGAUCAAAUGGCUCAGUGACAUAAUAUACCAAGAGCCAUUCACCGAGCAACUUUCCAACGACGACGUCAUUACCGUAUUCAACCGACCAGCCAGUGUCCCCGCUGUUCCGCUCCUGCAAGGUCCAUUCUCCAUUCUCCCCGAGGUAGAAGACUUCGAGCUCAGCGACAUGAUUGUGUUCUCGCUCAAGACCUUCUCCGACAGCCAAGAUGAGGACAUCGCCGAAGGCCUGCCCUCAGCGGUUGUCUGUCUGCUCACCGACACAUGUGAGGUGCACGUGUGUCUCGACUUGGAAGGCAUUGUAGGCCGAUGGCUUCCCUCUGCCGAGGACAAGUAUGUGCCGGAACCCUCGGAGCAUGUUCUUGCCGUUGUCGAGACGGUUGCGUUGGCCAACGAUGGCGUUUCUUCGCCGAACCAGAGCAUCACCCCGGAUGUGCGCACCGACUUUUCGUUCUUCGUCUCACACGCCAGCGGCGUUUUCUACAUCUCGCUUGAGCCGUGGAUCCGCAACCUCGAGAGCGAGCUAUAUGAACCGCAGAUCGAAGGCGCCGAUUUCCGGCUACAGCGCCUGCUGGAAUCUGCGACGACUGUUGCGGAGCGAUGCAUGCGCCGCAACGCGAGGGACACGAGCAAGGACGUGACAUCAUGCGUUGUCAUCGAGGAGACGGGCGUCGGCUACUUGGUGCUUACGGUGUUCGACCAUGAGCCGCAAGCUGUGUUCCUCGACGCCGAAGACGGGGCUAUCCAAGAGGAUUUUGAAGACGUCCUGCGAUGGGACGAUCCUGCAAGCAACAACAGGGAGCCGUGGCAACCACCAAAGGAGUUCUGGCAGCCGUUCAGUCUGCAUUCAUCGCUCCAGGCCGUCCAUCGUUCACGAGCCGCGUGGAACGAGGAGAUCAAGCUGUCGCCCGCCAAUCUCGAAGUGCUCAUGGCCGCGCACCGCGUCCUCGCCGAGCAUACCGAGACCCUCCAGCUCAGAGUCUCCGACCUCUUCAACCGGUGCCAGCGCCUCCAAGACGAGUACCGCGACCAAGUGAUCCGCGUUGCAGAAGUCAUGCAGAAAGUCGACACAGUCACGGGCAAGGACGAGGCGCAGAGUGGUGCGAGUCUCUACGGCAACAAGAAGAUCGAGGACCGUAUGGAAAAAGUGCAGGCUAAGCAGGAAGCGCAGAAGCAGCGGUAUCUCGCGCUAAGGCGGAAGAUGGCGUCGGUGAAUACAUCACAGCUCAGCGACAAGGAGGUUCACUUUGUCGAGGAACUGCACACUAUGGAGGGCAGUCUCGACAAGGAAGCACAAAGACUGACAGACAACGCGGACGGCAGCGAGGUCCCCGUGUGGGAGCGCAUGGACAAGGUCAAGGACUUGCAGCAGACGCUGUCCAAGGAGGUGGAGGGAGGGAUCAAAGCAGCGGGUGAGCAAAGACUAGGCUCGAGCAUGAAGGUACCCAGUCAUUCGAGGAGAGCCGAGCAUGAUCAGAUCCAGGCGAUGCUGCAGCACCAGACGGAGCUGCUGCAGGCGACGGCGGAGAGGCUGAGGAGCAACGGUGUGAGUGUUGCGGAGGUGGUGGACGGGGGGAGCUGA